UCUCUAUCUCUCUCUCUCACAAAACAUGCAGAUAUGCAAAGUCCAACCCAGAAAAUCAUAACUCUCGUUUGUCCAUUUGCACGAACACUUCAGAACCAACUAAGCCAGCAAAGAUUCUUCUUCAUCCUCUUAAUUACCAUACCAUCUUUACACGUUCUUCAUCCUCUGCAGAAAUGGAACCACGUGGUUUCCAACCCAGCUCUCUCUUCUUCUCACCUUGCCUACCAUGUUUGCCUUUGCUGCCUCGUUCAUAUCGCCCCCUCCUCACUGAUAAAAACCCACUUACUUUGUUCUUCAGCUGCGCUGAGAGUGCAGUUUGUUGGGUUAUGGUCUUUUUCUGAGCAAUGGCGUCGAAGAAUGACUCGCUUGAUAUUCCUGAGGGUUGGGUGUUGAAUACAAGGGUUGAGGAGAAUGGGACUGAGGUCAAGGGCUUCCUAUGUCCGGAGACAGGCCAGGAGUUCUCAACUUAUCAGGACCUUAUGCGCUAUGUGCGAUAUGCGAAAGCAGCUCAGCUUUCGAUAUAUUCACCAGAUUCCAAUUUCAUGAAGGCGAAGAGAGUAAAAGCUGCGAAAGAAUCUUCAUCAGGUGAGAAAAACAAUGAUCCUACUGAGGGCCCUUGCUCAACUCAAAACCCAGAUCCAAAACGAAAAAGCAAGGCCAGCACUUCAAAGGGCAAGAAGAAGAAGCAGCAGAAAAAACGAAAGUGAAGUGCCCCAACGCUUCCAGCAGUAUAAAGAAUGAAUAAGCUUGGCAUGAGCCUUGAAUUGUACUGUCAAGCCAGAAAUGGCCAAUUUAGUUGUGCUUUCUGUAAGUGAAAACUUUUGGUUGUGUUUUUAUGUUACUUUUGAACUUGGUUGCCCUUGUGAUGGUUAAACCUUGAAAUCCUUUUGUCAUAGAGGGCUUUCCUU